AUGGCUUAUACUAACUUCAUCCAGGACGUGUCUGCAUAUCUCGAUUGGAUCUUAUUUCUCGCGUGCUUUGGGCUUGUCCUCUGCUUUGGAUCCGUAACUUUUGUGGUCGUGCAUUGCAUCGUGCAGAUCCUUCAAGCAGCUAUCGCUUUUUACCUAUUCGACAUUCUCUAUUACUUCAUCUACGAGGAGGAAAUCACAGAGUUCUUCGUCGAGCUCAUCUCCGAGAUCCUUUCCUCACGCCUCGAACUCAAGAGCUUCAUCCUGCUCCUGUGCAUACUUUUCAGCAUCCAUUAUUCUAUCAAAGAGAUCGCCUCUAUCUUCUGUGAAAAGCUUCUCGGGCCAAAAACAACCAUCAUUGUAGAUUGUCCUAGGCAUCCCAUGCAGAGCCCCCAGUUAUCCCAGCUCGCCGACGAGAUGGCCCGGAUUCAUCCCACAAACUGGGUAAAGUCUUUUAUGUCUAUUACCAUUAACUCUCCCAAGGAUCCCCGGCCCACGAAUAUCAAGCCCAAGGAGACAAUGCCCAAGGAUCCAGAGCCCACGAUUCCUGAGCUCUCAAUCUCCAAACCUACAGCCCCCAGUGAUCUAUCUUUUGCGUCUCACAGAAACCGCUACAUGCGCCAUCCCUGGGGCGUAAUCGACUACCACAUCUAUCUCACACACAUCGAAAAUCGCCGCGACAAUCUCCGCCGCGAGAUAGAGUGCUACAUAUUGGAAAACACCGGCUUCAAACAGAGAACCCUACACGACGAGCCGCUUUUCGACAACGCCUUGGCCCACACAAACCCCACAGUAGUCUUUGUCAGCCUCCCCGUCCCCGACGUACAGAACGAAUCCAGCAUCGCCAGCUUAGUCCUCGGCUUCGAUCCAAAGUUUCGCCGCUUGCAGGGUUGGCUCUUCGAGCCCGAGUCCCCGAUUGAGAACUAUGCGGACCUCUGGAAGGUCUGGUCCCGGGGUGAGGGCCAGCUCGUUAUUGAUAUUCCCAUCGACCAUUUCCUGGCAAUCGUUCGUCAUACCAUGCAGCAUCAAAUUCAGAUCCUAGAGCUCGGCCUCCUGCACCAUUACGCUCUGACUACGCACGCGUUCCAAGCUGGCUUGGAUAUGGUUAUUCUUGUGCAAUUCUUGCAGUUUAUAGAUGACUUCGCUGAGCUCGUGUCUGAGAAGCCCGAGGAGAUUCGGGAGGUUUUUAUGCCUUUCCAGGAAGAACUACGGGAAAUACUUGCGGCUGGCUCGCGAGACUCUUGGUUUGCUGUUCGUGAUGGAUACAGUAUCGACCAGUAUCGCCAGAAGCAGUUAAGGAAGGUUGUUGCUUCAGGUUUGUUCCAUGGGCAGAAGAUGCUUGCGCCCCGAGGUGAAGUUGAGGCCACGGAAAAGCACAAGAUGUCUCGUCAAGUUAAGAUUAUUCCAGGCCACUCAAGUCGGUGGUGGUCGAAGCUGCGGGUCCACCUCUUGGUGAGUACCAUGCUCGUUCUUUGCUGCUGUUCUGUUCUCGAUCGCGAGAGGGUUCUCUGUGUGGGGAUGUUUUGA